AUGACCGAGCGAACGACGACGAGCACAUUUUCGAUUUUGCGACGAACCAAACAAAAAUUGAACGAUUUGAGCAGAUUCCUUACCGGCACUUCGAGCGAACCAAGCGGAUCCUCGACUGGACUGAAACCGAUUCCGAAACGACGCUCGCGAGAGCAACAAAAACAGAAGCAACCAGUUUGGUGUCCAAUCCCGUCCACCUCUUCAACUUCUUCAAACACACCGGGACGACGACAUCAUUCGUUGACAAGCAUGAAGACAUAUUAUGCUUUUGGGGCAAGAAGUCAUAGUGCGGGAAUCUCUGGAAGAAGCUACAGCAGCUACAACAUUGACACAAAUCCAGCAAACGACUAUGAGAGCAGAAGAUACACAUCGAGAAAUUACGGCUACGGAUAUGUUCCGUCAACUCACAUACCCCGAAUGACAAGCACAAAUUUGGAGAGUAGCGUCGAAAGUGCAAAUGGUCUUAUCGCUAAAUAUUGUCGCAGUCCGACUGUGUCGUCAAUUUCGACUGGGAGGACCUCGGGCUAUGGAUCGGGUUCCUCAAUCGGCGGCUCACCCAACUCUUCCAACAGUUAUCGUUCCGCUUCUUCCUCCGGUUCUUCCAUCUAUUCAACGAUGAGAAAUCGAGAGACUGUGGAAUUCAAACUCCCCAAAAUCUCAUCGAUCACCGAGCUUCGUCAGGCUCUAUCCGAAGAUCGCCCAAGAGCCUCCAGGACUAGAUGGACUUCUGAAAGGGAAGAAAGAGACGAAUUUCCAACGAAUCACUUGACUCUCCCGGAAAAAACCGAUCGAGCGACAUCAGCUUCACUUGAAAACUUGAACCAAAACUCGAUUGAAGUUGAUGAUUUAAAGAAGAAAAAUCAAUUCCUGGAAGAAGAGAUAGCAAGGCUGAAGUUAUUGUUGAGAGACAAGGAUCGGACCGAGCAUGAAUUGAGGAGAAGACUUCUCGAAGUUGAAGCCGAAGCAAAAGUCUGGAGAACAAAAUGUGAACAUCUUCAACCAAAACUCAUCCAAAUCACAGAACCGGCUUUUGAUCGAGAUCUCCUUGAAAAACUAGAUAGCGCCACGGAGAAGUUGGCAAAGUUAAAUAUGGCUGGGGAUUUGAGAAUGCUUCAGGCGCAAAUGGAAACGGCUCUUCACGAGAUUCAGCCACAA